CAGAGCCCCAGCGGGUGGGAUCAAGGGUCGUUUGUGCAGUCUGCAAUCAGUGGUCGAAAUUUCACACCUCAACUGCUGUCCUCUGAUAAUGACAUGCGUCAGUCUUACUUAUCAAAUUAAAAUUACCACCAGUGCUUGCCUUUCCACCAUUAGCCCCACCCAUUGGUGUUUCAAGCACAGUCAACCAAUGCCACCCAUUACUGCCAUCAUGUAACAAUGAUUUGAGGAACUCUUUCUCGGCUGGCAAUGCAGUCAGGGUGGCAGGCAUUGGUCAAACUAAUUUCACACCUCUGGCUUCUAGGUACCCAGGAAAGCUAAUCGAGCACUUUCUCUGACACUCUCAUGAAAUUUCACACCCACACUACCCUGACCAUCUGCAUCUCUCAGGGCUCACAUAGAUGGGGUAACAUCUACCCCCAAAUUGCACCCCUACUCCCCUUCCUCGCCUGACGGCACAGCGUUAAAAAGUUUUGAGCUGGCGGAACCAAACUUCUUAUUUUAGUUUCAAAUCAGGGCUGAGCCGGCAAAGCAUUUUCUGUCUCAGACAGAGGUAAAACCCUCGGAAGGGAGUGGAUUCCUUCUGUUUCCACAUUGGACUGGUUUCCGUUUUAUACACAGAUUAAUAUGAAAUGUAUCCUGGGCUCUUUUCUUCAUUGACUGUAGCUGUGCUGCUGCACCUUUGUGGCUCAAUAGAAUUUAUAACGGUGAAACCUUCCGAGAAGACAUGUUCUCAGUCGAUCAACUUAACACAUGGCUCUUCAUACGCUCUUUAUGUCUAUACUAGUGACUGUGAUGAAUGUGAUGGGUCUGCUGGUUGCCCCUGGGCACCAAUGAAGGAGUGCAGGAUUAGUUUUGCCAUUCCUGAUGAAAUAGAAAAAGCACUUUUUAAAAUCUGUUUCCGAAAAGCCACAUUAAAGGUCAAGAAUUGCCCAGCAAAGGUAAUCUUUCAAGAACACACGCCCUCUGGUACCAAUGAUCUUAAGACUGUACAAUGUCCCGCCAGCAAGUAUGUGUACUCAAGCUCAGGUUACAGUAGUGAAAUGUGCUUGAACCAUGGACAUAGCCUUGACGUUGUGUUCUCUAGUGACAAUUUUUGUUCUAUUGAGGGCUUUGCUGAUGUGAGCACCAAGUCAUUUGGUCAAAUUUCCUUGAGUAGCAGUGACAGUUGUCCCAGGGGCUAUAAAUAUAGACGAGAUACCAGAGGCACCGUUUUUUCAUACCAUGGUGCAAAAAUGCCUGUCCCAGCAAGAUUUUGCAAUGGAACAUUGUGGUCGUAUUCUUAUUCAAGAAGUGAGGACUUUUGCUAUUUCUUUCGAUAUGCAAACUUUCAACGUGGUGGAGCUUCUCUACAUAUUCUUGAUCAGUCUGGAAAUGAACACAGAAUUUAUGGGUAUUAUAACCAACCAAAAAUCAACUCAGAGUACUGCAUACCUGUAGGCAAAGGAGGCAAAGCAAGUAAGGUCGAUGUGUACAUACAGAAAGCCUGUUCCAGUACUUAUGAUUGUGCUCCACAUAAUGCUCAACAUGCCUUUGUGUUUGGAUAUGAAUUCAGAGAAGUCGAAAAGGCUGAGCCCGAAGCAGUAGAGGAAGAGGACGAUGACACAGUGAAAAUCAUCAUUAUUGUUGCCAGUGUACUGGCUGUUUUCCUUCUCUGCUGUUGCUGUUUAUGUUGUUGCUGUUCGCGGAAGGACUCAUCAGAUUCCACAAAUGCUACCGCAGCUGCUACAGAACAACUUACUACCGGCAGCCCUGCAGGUGAGAGUAGCAUGCCAGUCUUUGUCCACCCGACUCAAAGCAUCAGCACAAACGGUCAAGGCCAAGCUAUCUACCAGACCACAGACUUGUCUGCCCCACCUCCAGCAUGGUCCACUCUCCAGGGCCCAUCAUCUCCCAGCCAUUUCCCCUCAGCCUCAGCAGGGCCAGACUUGAACAGAUAUCCUUCUGCUCCCCCUAUGGAAGAGAGUCAGCCAUUUGUUGACCAGACUAGUGGACAUGAAGACUCGGAGAAACCUCCUCCAGACUACAACUCUCUGUUCCCUGACCAUUCAUAAAAGUAUACUAAUUCAUACUCGUGAAUAUUCACAUAUUUUCUCGAAAGUUUAUUAAAGUCACCAUGAAGUUUCUCUAUGAAAAGUACAAAUCGAUUUUAGUGC